AUGAUAUGUGUACCUACUCGAACAAGCCUUUUGGGUGACAUACGAUAUUUCGAUGGUAUUCUUUUCAAUGUGAAAGAUUUAGACAAAACAACGUGGGAUUUACCAACCUUGAGGAGUCCGAUACAGAAGUAUAUAUUUGCUGCAAAUUACUCAGCGGAAGAGUACCCUGUUUGCAGUCCUAUCUACGAUGGAUAUUUUAACUGGACGUGGAGUUACAGAUUGGACUCUCUAAUACCUUAUUCAUAUAUCACUGUAUAUAACCUCAACUAUGAAGACCUAGGUUUUGAUCUACAUUGGAACAAGGUUAUGAAGCCAAUCGAUGAACGGCUUAAAAGUAUGCUACAAUCCAAAUCCAAAGCAGCUGCCAUUUUCCUGGACAAUUGCGAUAGCUCAAGCACAAGAGAAGUCUUAUUAAAACAAUUACAGAGAGAAUUAGCAAAAUAUAAUUUAACAGUGGAUGUUUUUGGUAAAUGUGGCACUAUUAGAUGUGGUAGGAAGAACAUAAAUUCAUUUUACUAUAAGCUGAAGACUACCUACUAUUUCUACCUAGCCCUAGAGGAGGUUAUUGCUAAAGAUUAUAUUACAGCCAACAUAAUAACUGCUUAUAAACAUAAUGCCGUACCAAUCGUAUAUAGUGGUGCUGAUUAUAACAGACACAUUCCCCCGUAUUCAUAUCUGGAUCUCAGACAGCUCGGUGUAACCGUGCUAGCAAAAAAAAUGCACAGAAUCAUUCAAAACAAAGAAAUGUACUACGACUUUUUCCGCUGGAGGAAUCACUACAUCGUGAAGGAAACUAUGGGAAUGGACUUUUGCACGUUAUGCGAGAUCAUGAACAAUCCAGCCUGGUUAAGCGCAAAACUAAGCGUGACCACCUUCAGGAAAUGGUGGAAUCCAAACUAUGAACAGCGUUGUAAAAGGCACGAAAAUUUUAUAUUUUAG